AUGGAGUUAAUACUCGACGGAGAGGCGGGCAGGGCCCAGGACAUUUCCGACAUUCUUAGCCAAAUCCGAAACUUUGACAAGGAUAACGUGCAGGAUCUAACAUUAUCAAUUACUGGCCUGAACAACCUCAGCUGGGCUCUGCGUGAACUCGCUGCUCAAAUCGACGCCGUUCAAGGAAAGGUCUCCAGAUCCUUUGCUGAUGACUUGGGUCUUCUUCAGAACAGUGUCGCUUUCACCCUGCAAGAUGUCUGGACGAUCCUCGGGAAGAUACCAAAGAGCCGGACGGGAGGAGAUUAUCGGAGGGCAUGGAAGGAAGUUGUAAGGUAUUGCGCCGAGAUGGGAAAGCAGUCUCUACACUUACGACUCGAGACAUAUCAAUUAUUCAUCUACGGUCUUUGCAAGGCGUUGAAAAAGCAAACAUAUAGCCGCCGCCAUAUUGACAAUCUACGCCAUGAGAUCAACGACCUACAAUCACUACAACGCGACAACAGAGCCCUAAUUUCAGCCACGGAUGCCUUUGCCAACCUGGCUCUGGUGCCAGCCCAGUCUGGUAUGGAACCACAGACUCAACGUCCCCUGUCUCCUACGACAUCCCAUGACAGCUAUGACUCGCUGAAACACCAAGCGGUUCCUAGCCCACCUACAGGGUCUCCCACUACCACCUUUUCGACGAUCAGUCAUGCAUCCAGUAUCGAACCCGAAUCGACCCAUUGGGCAUUUAGUAUCUACAAUAAUCUACCCUCAACCUCACUUGAAGAGUCAACCGAAAUUUCACGCUGCUUUGGAGAAGGGUCACGGAGUGGACGCAGCUGGCCGGAUGCCGACUUCGAUCCUAUACUCAAGCUCAAAUUUCCUGGCGGUCUCCGAACUACUUUUUUUUGGCGGGCGAGGGACUAUCGAGCCAAGAUUGCCUGUGAAUGGACGGAGGGUAAACGUGGCCAAAGAUGGUCUUGUAUGGCACUCAGCGACCUGCACAUGAGGAGAUCUGGACCUUUUCUCUAUCUCUGCAGGCCCACACCUGAGGCCGCGAACACCGUUUGGGCAAGUCUCAAGUUCACCGCAAUUGAGUGGCUCAUUGUCUAUCAUUGCACCUUCUUGUCGCUCCGAUCACAUGACAGCAGCAGACACAUCAGAAACAGUCUCGACCACGAUCUCGCAGAAGAGAAGAGUUAUUUUUCUGGUGCAAUUCGAGAUAGCGGAUACAAGCAUGCGCUACGUGUUUAUCGCGAUCGAGGCACCGAUGCGCUCCGGUUGGAGGCUUCGGUUUUGAAAGGAGAAAUGGAGAACACACCAAUCUGGACCGCAUUCAUUACUCAUUGCAUCACUUCCCCAACUUGGUGUCGUUAUUCAGAGAACAGCUCGACAGUAUACCUUGCUGAUUUACGGCGACACGUCUUUUCUUCCGACUAUACACCCCACGUUGCAGCAAACGGGGAACAUUUUCUUGAUUUUGAACUAGUCCAAGAUGCUGAAGACUUUGUCAAUACUGUCGAAGAUUUCGGCGAAGAAUACCGCAAGGCAGCGAAAUAA